UUCUCGUACAAAAAUUCUAAAAAUUAUUGCAGACUGAAACAUAAGAUAUUAUUUUGUUCAGAAUUACAAACCUUGGUCGUCCCAACAGAGCCCCUCUCUCUGUAUAUAUACUCAGUCUCACAAAAAUAAAUUCAAAAUAUCAAACACCUUUGACUUGUUCUUCAGCAUCAUGGCUGGAAUUGUGAAAGAAAUUCUGGCUAAACCCAUCCAACUCGCCGACCAAAUCAUCAAACUCUCCGACGACUCCACUUCCUACUUCCGUCAAGACUGCUCCGAGCUCAAAUCCAAGACCGAAAAACUCGCCGCCCUCCUCCGCCAAGCCGCCCGCGCAAGCAACGACCUCUACGAGCGCCCCACGCGCCGCAUCAUCGACGACACCGAGCAAGUCCUCGAAAAAGCCCUCGCGAUCAUCCAGAAAUGCCGCGCCAACGGAGUGAUCAAGCGCGUGUUCACCAUCAUCCCCGCCGCCGCGUUCCGCAAGAUGGGGAACCAGCUCGAAAACUCGAUAGGCGACGUGUCGUGGCUGCUACGCGUCUCCGCCUCGAGUCGGGAUGACGAGUAUCUCGGCCUGCCGCCCAUCGCGGCCAACGAGCCGAUACUCUGUUUAAUCUGGGAGCAGAUCGCGAAUUUGUACAGCGGCACCUUGGAUGAUCGCUCUGAUGCGGCGGCCUCACUCGUAUCGCUGGCCCGAGAUAAUGACCGAUACGGCAAGCUCAUUAUCGAAGAAGGCGGCGUGGUGCCUUUGUUGAAAUUACUUAAAGAAGGGAAGCUCGAGGGACAAGAAAAUGCUGCGAUGGCGAUCGGGCUAUUAGGCCGCGAUCACGAGAGCGUGGAGUAUAUGAUUCACGCAGGCGUGUGUUCAGUUUUCGCGAAAAUACUCAAGGAUGCUCCUAUGAAGGUUCAAGCUGUUGUGGCUUGGGCUGUUUCGGAGUUAGUUGAGCAUCAUCCGAAAUGUCAGGAUUUGUUUGCUCAGCAUAACAUAAUUCGGUUGCUUGUUGGUCAUUUGGCGUUUGAGACGGUUCAGGAGCAUAGUAAAUACGCGAUUACAAGUAACAAGACUAAUUCCAUUCAUGCUGCUGCGGUUGUUUUGGCUAGUAAGAGUAAUGAGAAGAGUGUUGGUGGUAAUAAGCCUGUUGAUUAUGAUGAUGAGAAGAAUGGUUUGGUUAGGCAUCCCGCGGGGAAUAAGCAUCCUAAUCAGAUGCAUAGUGUUGUCACCAAUACGAUGGCUAUUAAUUUUCAGAGUAAGCCUAAGAAUAGUAAUGUGACGAAUCAUCAUCAUUUGCAGCAUCAGCAGAAUGUUUUGUUAGGUGGCGCGAGUAUUAAGGGGAGGGAAAUGGAAGAUCAUGUUACAAAGGCUUAUAUGAAGAAAAUGGCAGCACGCGCCCUUUGGCAACUGGCCAAGGGAAAUUCAUCUAUUUGUCGUAGUAUUACUGAGUCUAGAGCGCUUUUGUGUUUUGCGGUGUUGUUAGAGAAAGGACCGGAAGAUGUUAAGUAUAAUUCUGCCAUGGCGUUGAUGGAGAUCACAGCAGUAGCAGAGACGGAUUCUGAUUUGAGAAGAUCAGCGUUUAAGCCUAAUACCCCGGCUUGUAAAGCAGUUGUUGAUCAAUUAUACGUGAUCAUCAAGAAAGCGGAUUCUGAUUUGCUUGUUCCCUGUAUUAAUGCAAUUGGAAAUUUGGCUAGGACUUUCAAAGCAACAGAGACACGGAUGAUAGGUCCAUUAGUAAAGUUACUUGAUGACGGAGAAGCUGAGAUUACUAAAGCCGCCUCCAUUGCUCUGACGAAGUUUGCUUGUACUGACAACUAUCUCCAUAUCAAUCACUGUAAAGCAAUAAUCAGUGCUGGAGGGGCAAAGCAUCUGGUCCAGCUCGUGUAUUUUGGGGAACAAAUUGUUCAGGCUUCAGCUGUGAGUCUCUUGUGCUACAUUGCGCUUCAUGUACCAGAUAGCGAAGAACUUGCUCAAGCCGAGGUGCUCACCGUGCUUGUUUGGGCGUCGAAGCAGCCAUUCUUGCAGCAUGAAGCGGUGGCUACAUUGUUGGAAGAAGCGAAUAGUAAAUUGGAGCUGUACCAGUCUAGAAAUGCAAGGCAUUGAUUCAAGCCAAUCAAAGACCUUCCACUGCUUUGAAAAAUCUCUUUUCGGAAAUUAAUUUGUGAGUUUUAUGGAGUGUAUAUAAGAUUAGGGUUCUUUAAUUUGUUCAUUAUAUGGUUUGCCAUUCUUUUUGUCCCUGUUAAUAUUGUCUCAAGAAAAAGCUGUAAUACUGCAGAUUGUGUUGGAAUAUAAAUUUAUUGAAUUUUCUGUUUUCUGA